AUGUACCUUCGCGACGCCGUGAGUAUCUCUAAGAGCAUUCAUUAUACGCCAGACACAUCAUCUAAAUCCCCAGACAGAAGGCGAGUAGCGACGCUCCCUGAGGAUUUCAUAACACGCUCCCAGUCACCUAUACACCCAUCUCGCAAAAGAUCGGCCUCCAAGUCCUCAUCGUUGGGACCUGUGACCGUCUCCGCCGCUUCUACGGGGCCAAAUGUGGACGACAGCGACAGUUCGGGUAAUCAGACAAAAAUCCUCUCCGAGUCGGGUAAAGCGCACCUGCUGCUGAUCGAUCAGGACGACCAGAUCGUUUACUCAGGGCCAUCCACGGGGAUUCCAUUAUUUGCUCGCCUCGGCUUGCUCCAUACCGUCGAAGUGUCCGAGAGUGACAAGAAUGGGCUGUAUUUUUCAUCUCACUCUGGAGGCGCUUUAGGCAUCAUAGGAGCCUCACGGUCUUCGUACGAUUGUUUCGAUCUUUGCCUGCAACGCUGCCCACAGGAACUCAUGUUCAACUUGAUACGCUAUCAUCUCACUAGCCCUCUAUUCUUUCCUGUGUUACAUGCUCCUUCGUUAUUAUCGGAAUUCGUCGCGGUCACCAAGAGACGCCUGAUUUGCACUCCUCAAUAUGGAGCUUUCUUGAUGAGCAUCCUCGCCGUCACGGUUCGUUUGGUUGAAAAUGCCAAAUUUCUCCUUCCGCCUUCUGAGCGCGAUCAAGCCAGCGAAUCUUACUUUGAACUUGCCCAGGAUUUGCUCAGAUCCAGCAAAAACAACCUUGACAUUCGACAUAUCCUGGCUCUAUAUCAUCUUGCAUUGUUCACCGAAGGCCGCAAUAAUUCUACGGGCCCUGUCUCUACUUUCGUUGCGGAAGCCAUUGGUCUAGCAUUCACCACUGGGCUGCACCGCAAUACCAGAGAUUUUAAGAUGGAUCCGGUGACGCUGCAGAUCCGUACACGCCUCUUUUGGGCUUUAUAUUCUCUGGAUAUCUCCCUUGCUUAUUCUCAAGGUCGUCCACCACUUAUUAGGCUAUCGGAAUGUAGCGUUGAUCUACCUGUCAUUGUCGACAAUGAAUACGUCACCAAGACAACGAUUUUACCCCAGCCGGAGAGCAGUCCACCAGUGGCCAUGGCAGCGGCUGUAGAGGUAACCAAACUAUACAUGGUCCUCGAGCAGGUAUUGUCUGCAAUCAAUGCCCCAUCAGAGACAGUUGCAGCCGCAUUCUCACUGGACGACCGGCCUCUCGCACGCAAUCGCAUUUUUAUUGAAAGAGAUCUCCCACCUUAUCUAUCGCAAGUCGAUGCCACCGUCAAUCCGGCCUCGAAGACCUUUCACGCCAGCCGCGUACGAGCGACUGUCCAAUUCGUUCGAACCCUAAUAGCUCGACAGGCCCUCAUUGACGGAUUUGAGGCAAAUCCCUCGCCGACUGAAGUAGAAUUUGACUCUGCUACAUUCAAAGCUUGCCACCUUUCAAUAGAUAUCAUCAAAACUUAUUCGCGACUACGGCACACGGGCCACCUUCGAUUUUGUGGCUUUCAAGCCGUUUCUCACGUCACAGCUGCCGCACAUACACUUAUUGCAUGUAUGCUGAGAAAUUCGGAUUCAGCAUUCGAGUAUCGACCAGAUCUACUUACCGCCAUCGACCUCUUACUUGCUUUCUCGGCUCCCUUUCCAUCUGCCAAAACAAUCGCUCAGCUUCUUGUCCAGAUAUCGCGAACGUUGGACUAUCGCCAUGGUUCAACGAGUGAGACUGAAGCCGCAGCCAUUCGUGUCCUUGCUAGGAAGUUUGCACCACCUUUACCCAAAUGUUCCUCCCGAGCAAACGCAUCUGAGCGGCAGCAAGCGGUCUCAAAAACUCCAGCUUUGUCCUCAUUGAGGCCCCCGCUCUGGCAAUAUGGUGCCAAUACUGCAAUUCAACAACUCGAUUCUGAAGCCCUCCCGAUCAAACAUUUCGUCAACGCCGGAAUCUUUGCUGAUGAUGGACCCCGAUCUAAUUACUCGUCAUUAACUAUGGAUACCCUCGCAGCUCCUCAAUCUGCUCACCCAGGGGAAGUUACCCCCAAUUUUGCUGUCACAACUGAAGAUUUAGUGAGUAGCUGGGGUUUAUCUUCUUCAUUUACCUCGUUGGCAAAUGAGCCACACCAAUGGGCUAUGAAUAAUCCUUUAUCCGUGGGGAGCACAGCGAUGAAAGUAGAUUCAGCGUGGGAGGAUGGUGUAUUUUCAUUUUUGAAUGAUGGAUUAUUUAACAAUUUGUAA